AUGAUAACGAAGGCAGUAGAAGCUAGUGGAACAGUUACUAUUACAACUGUAACCCAGCAACUAUUUCGAACAAAGAUGGAUUUUAAUGAAUGUUUCAUUCAUCCAAAGUCAUUCUCUUUAGACCCUAACAUUUAUACAGAACUUGUAGAACAUUAUACAAACGAGGCUUUAUGUUUUCCUGUUAAAGUUAUGGAUUGGAUUCCUAUGGACGGUUCAUUCUCAAAGAAUACAGAUAGUUCAAGUGCAACAUUUACAGCAGCUUAUACGCCUAUUAAUGUUAAAAGUAUUUGGGCACUAUUUAGAAAGAAAGACAACUAUUAUGUUAAUUUUGAGAACCCUAAGUUUAAAUAUCUUCAGCUUUCCAUGGGAGCUUAUGGAAAUAUGCCUGCAGAACCUGAAAAAUCAUAUGGACCUGUAUUUUAUGAAAUGGUUGCGAACGCUUGCAAUACAAACAAUGAUAUGAUAGGAUUUAAUGAAGAUGUUAUGAGGUCAUUGGUGGAUGAUGGUAGUGUGGAACAUAAAUGGGAUAGCUAUGACAACACACAUUUCUUAUGUGGUUUUCCAACAGAAGUGGACUUUUGCUUCCAGCAAGGUCAAACAUCUACUGCUCCAAUAACAUACAAAUUGUCUGUUAAAGGACCUAUUGAACUAGCAACUGAAAAUGUACCAAAGCCACUUAUUGGAUUUAUGAGGGAUUGUUGCUUUGCCAUUCAGGUGCGUGCUAAUGGAAUCCCAAUAAUAAGAUUAGAUGACUAUAACUUAGCUACGGACGACGGUGAGGAAUAA